AAUCUCGGAAUUCGCAAUCAAGGAUAGUAGUUGGUUAUCCUACUUGUUUACGAAUUUAUUUAACUUGUUUAGUUUGAUUGAUAAGUUUAUGUAUACGUUCAAACAAUAUUUGACGGUAGAAUGAAUUGUAAAAUUGUUUUACUAUGGUUUAUGUGUUAUAUUUGCAGUGUACAUCUACAGAAACAGAGUGAUAGUGCUUUUGUUUCUCCCAUUUUGCAAACUAAUCGAAGAGGUCCAAAUUGGCUUACUCAUAAAGGAAAAACAUAUUAUAUCAAUAAUGUGUUUAGGACAAACUUCUAUCGAUCGUUGCAGUUUUGCAGACAACAGGGAAUGCAUCUAUUAAGUUUAAAAAAUCAAGAAGAGAGUGAUCUCAUUAAAAAUCAUAUUGAAACGAACGCUGGUUUUAAACACAGAGGCUACUUUACAUCCGGAGUAAACCUAGUUGGUGAUGACCAAUGGAUCUGGCUGUCAACAGGUCUGGAUAUGACAUAUACUAACUGGUAUCCUGGCGAACCAAGUGGAAAAAGUUCAUCUAAUGUUACAGAAAAUUGUAUGGAAAUUCGAGAAUGGGGUGGCUUCACCUGGAACGACUUAAAUUGUCAAUUGGAAGCUUACUUUAUUUGUGAAAGUGCUAGAGAGUGUCAAAGAGUGUGAUAAUUAUGUUUGGACAUGUUUCUAUGUUUUAAUGUGUAUUAAAUAAUUUUUAUAUUAU